CUUUAUAGAAACGUUUAAAGCUCGUCUCAAAACAUUAAAGGCUCCGACUUAUGAAGACAACUUUGCAAAGAAAUUUCCGGGGGAAACGACAAAGAACGCAUCGGUGGUUUACAAUAUUUAGUCAGUCAAAGUAAGUAUUGUUGCGCAGUUGUGUAUGGGCGUCCAUUAUAACGGUGGGAAAAGUUCAAAUCACACUGGUCUGGUUAAAAAAAACUAACAAAUAAAAGGGAAACGCUUUGAAAGUCUUUGCAGAAUCGUUCAUUUAUCAAGGUGUACUUGACAAGAAAUGUCUUCCAUAUUAAAUGAUUUCAAAGUUGCAUCUCUUUCGAAUUGCCGUGAUUUUUUGCGAAUAGUUUGGCAAGAUGGACGACAAUCCAAGUUUUCAAACAUUUGGCUACGGUCUGCCGUUCGAGACUCAAAGUUUUUCGACUCCAACUCACUGCUGUAUCGUCAGCAUGAGUAUGUUAAUUUCAUAGCCAAUCAUACGCCUCUGAUGUCAGCCGAGUGUGAAGAUGAUAACGUCCUAGUGAAGUGGGAGAACCACAGCAGUAACUUUGACGCUUCCUGGCUCAGAGCUCACGACGGCAGUGUGAAUGAUGAUUUGGUUGGCCCAUCUGAAGUUGUGUUAUGGGAUUCUCAGUCUGAGUUUCCGGUUACCUAUCAUUACAGUGAAAGGGCGGAGAAACUUGAACAAUGGAUGACUGACCUUAGGAAAUAUGGAGUGGUGUAUUUUGUGAACGUACCAGCCAACGAGAAGGGUCUUGAUGACGUCAUGCAACAGAUAGGUGUCUUAAAACAACGGUUCCAUCCAACUAACAAGCUUCCCAUAACAAGUGACCCCACUCAAACAAAGGCUGUAGAUAAAGACAUCUACAGCGGCGAUUAUCACCCCAUACACACUGAUACUGCAUAUUACGCAAUUCCCAACAGAUUAUCUGGUUUGAUUGCAACGCAUUACGAUGCUCCUUUCCAGGACACGGAAAAUUACUUCGUAGAUAGCAUCCGGAUCAUCAGAGAUCUUCAGAAAGAGCAACCGGAAGCGUACGAUCUGUUAGAAAGUGUUCCUGUCCGAAUAAGCCGACGACGUAUGAGUGUGCAAGAAAGAUGCGACCCUGCUGAUGUGCGCAUGUACCAGUACGAUGCUUACUUGACAACCCCUCUCAUCUCGUAUGAUCACUCUGAGAGAUUGCCCAUGCUUCGUUUCUCGAAUAAGCAUACCGGCUUUGAAAUAGACAGCAUCCAAGAUCAUUCCCUAAUGGAAAAAUACUAUAAAGCCUUUUUGCUGCUAGAGUCGAAGCUUUUAGAUCCCUUCUAUCAACAGAAGGUAAUUCUCAAAGCUGGAACUUUGGCAAUUUUCAAUAACAACCGCGUGACCCAUAGCCGUGGACCCGUUCAUCCGACGACAUCUCGUUUUCUCUACCUGGGCUUUAUGUCCGAGGAGAUGUGGCGUACUCGUUGGCGAAUCAUUCUUGGAGAGAAGUCCGGACUCCAUGAGAAAUGGCUGUACGGUUGUUCUGAUGCGACGCUUCAAGUGUUAGCAAAAAGAAAGAUAUCGGAGAACGUCAAGGAGAAUUUGAGUGCAGUGAAUCCCCAGCGUAUUGUUGUUUAAAUUAUGUCAUUGUAAAAAGUGUUCAAGUAAUCACACUAACACUAAAAAUGACAAUGCAUAAAUAGGCUGUUUUAAACAGUUCAUAAUUUCUGUUCGUGUCCUUACUUUUCAAAUAUCAUUUACUGAAUAAAUGCAACGUGAUCUUUAAA